GGCGGAUUCUCUCUUCAUGUUAACUUAGACCAUGCCAAUUUCAGAACCCAUCAAUGGCGCUGCUUCAAAGAUGCAUUCUUUUACUUCUCAUCACCCUAACACAUCAAUUCUUUCCCUGCACAAUUGUUUUUGGAUCAGUCACCGACGGAAAACGAGAAGAAUCCACAAAGGAACUGGUGCUGAGGCCAUUGCCGGAUUGGAAACUGCUUGCCCAAUUCCAUUUCCAGAGCAGACCUCCUCUUUCAGGCUCCAAUGGCCGUCGCCACCGCCUUUUCCCCAAAGCCAUUUCAUAGCUAGUAACCUGUCUACCAAAAAGAAACAAAGUUUUAUUCAUAAAUUUCAAGUCAAGGAAAUGGAACUAUCUUUCACACAAGGUCACUGGAGAUAUGAACACUGGGGUGGAUUUGACCCCAUAUUGAGCUGCAAUGCAAAGCCCCCUGGAGUUGAGUUAUGGGCUGUUUUUGAAGUCUUUUCUGGCUUAUUCUGCUCCAGAUGGGGUUUCCCACCAGCUUCAAGCAACCUGAGGUAUGGCACAUUGCCCUGUGAGGCUGUUUGCACUGAGAACCUGGCACCAUGGUUAAAGGUGCUUCCUUGUGAAGACAAAGCUGGGCUUUCUGCCUUAAUGGACAGACCAUCUAUUUACAGAGGAUUUUAUCAUUCUCAGCAAUUGCAUUUGGUCUCAACUGGAUCUGGUUUGGAUGGGGUGGCAGGCAUUACAUUAGAACAGACACUAACAGUUCUUCAGCCUAGUGGUCGAACGAUCACCAUGUCUAGAAAUAUAUACCUUCACUUUGACAGGGGCCUAAUGACAGGACUGAAGAAUUGCCAAAAAGGAAACAAAAACUCUGAGGUGGGUAAUAUAGCCUCUGUUGAUUUUUUGAAUCCUGGCUUUGAAUUGUCUGUUAAUCCCCAGACUGGGCACUUGAAGAAGUAAAUGGCUUGCAUGGUGAGAGUUCAUCAGUUCUGUACAAGUUCUCAAUGGAGAAAUACAGUGAAUCUGAGCCAUUUGAUCCAAGUUUUACAUGGAAAAUUCCUGUAGUUUGGUCUUGUCAACAAGAACCAUUACAUGCUACAAGGUUUUUGAUGGGAAGUGGGAAUGAAAGGGGGGUGAUAGCUGUUUCCGUGAAGCCUACAGAAUUGACUGCAGGCUUCCUGGGUGCUAAUGCUAAUGAUGACAGGUGUAAGUGCAAGUUGAUGUUUUCCAAGUAGUUCCUUGGUAUAUUAAGGUCUAUUUCCAUUCUUUACAUUUAUUUGUCCAUCAACAAUCUAAAGCAGCUGCCGAGGUCAUAGAGAAGAUACACGUCUCACCUUCAAAAGACAAGGCAUCACCUGGAGUAAUGGAGAUGUUACCAAAGCUUCCUUGCAAUGUAAAAUCUGCCGCUUUAAGCAUAGACUUUGAUAAGGUAUGAAUACAUUUGAUUUGCCAUGAUCCUUUGAAAGCCCAUUUGUUUACAUAUUCUAUCAUUGAUUUGAAUACAGCAUAGCUAAGAGGCCUAAUAUAAUGCGUAGAAGUAGGAUAAAGCUGGGACAUGUCAUAGAUUUGUUUGAGAAGCUAACGUGAUGAAUAUCACCAUAUUGGAUGGAGAACCUAUUACUUUGAGCACGCAAAUAGUGAUUUUACAAUCUACAAUAUCUUACUUGAAAUUUGAAUGCGUGCCUUCAUCAAAAUUUGAACGAAAAUCUUGGAAGUAAGUCCCUUUUGGAUAUGUGACUGGCCAAUUUCACUGACAAAUUGCCACACGAUCCACUGCCCAUACAUUGAAACCUGCCAUUCUCUUUGAGUGAUAUUAUUUUUGCUUGUAUUCUGGAAAGAUAUAUUGCAAUUAAUGACUGCAUGCCAUCAUUCUCCAGUGAGAAUAAUCUUUCACUUUAUUA